UUAGAAAAUGGAUGGAUGGAAGCUUGGGAGACAGGAUGAGGUUACAGCGCCCAUGAUGGCGUACAGUAAAUGAUGUGACGCUUCUCCACUUUGAUUAAAGCUCAAAGUGCUUUACAAUCUUAAUCCAUUUACUCAUUUACACACAUUUGAGAUCAUUUGAGCCUGAAUUUAAGUUUUAGACUUGAAGAAAGAACUAUUCAAUCAAUUAACCAACAUUUUUCUGCAUGUUCUCGUCACUGCCCAUCAUUGGCCAUCUGUGCUCACAGCAGUCGCCAGCAUGAACACUCCAGGAUGAUGGAGUUGAUGAAAAACAUCAAUGGCAGGCGUGGCCUUCACCGGAAGUGCCUCUGGGAGCUCUCUGCCAUCAAAUGAGCCUGCUGUCUCUGCUGCUCCUAAACCCAGUAUGUGGGCUUCAGCAAUACUAAAAAGCUCAGAGUCCAAAUGUGAAAAGUUUUCUGAUGAAGCCUACUGACAGCAUCUGUGGACUUGUGUUUACGUGUAGACAUCAGUGUGCUAGCCUUUAUCUCUUUUCAGAUUUACUUCCUCUUCUUAGCAGUAAUCCAAUCUUUCCUAAUCCAUCCCUGCCCUCCUCCCUGACAGGCUCCCACUGUCACACAUGUAGGCUUCUUUUCUUCCAUUAGGACAACAACCAUUCAUGUUGUUGGACUACUGUUGUCGCUGCUGUGGAUUCACACUCAUAAAACGCCAUGGAGCCUUCUCACUCAAGACCACACCCUCUGAAACCUGGGUGGUUCUGCAGAACCUGCUGAUGUGCAUGGUGUGCUUCUACUCCCUGUACUACAUCGCAGUCAGUCUCUGCAUCGGACUGUUCAGGGUUCAUGAGAUCAACAGCUUGAUGGCUCCCUUUGACUACACAACCCAGCCAUCAUGGCAGAGCCCCAAAUACAUGGUAGAAGUUGUUUCCACAGAAGUGACGUAUGUUUUGGGAGGCCUGGUGUUUGCCUGGAUCGUGGAGGAGUGGGUCUGGGAUUACGCUAUAACUGUCACACUGCUGCAUGUUGCAUUGACAGUAGUAGUGAUGUCAGAUUUCCCCUCAGCCGAGCAUUGGUGGAUUGCUUUGGGCUCAGGCUUGGUGAUGAUGAUCUUUGGAGGACAGCUUCUGGCCUACAAACUCUUUAGGAAUAACUUUGUCUAUCCCGCUGAACUACAAAACUUCUGAUGUAAACUUUAACCUGAUUGUUGUCAGGCACAGUCAUAUUGCUGUCUGAACAAAACAUUGUUUUUUUCCUUGUUUUCAGGAACUCAAGCAACCAAAAUAUAUUUCUUUGCACAUUUUUCAGACAGUAUAUGGAGAAGCAUUUUAGUUAAAAUUAAACACUGCAAACGAAGUGACAAUUAAAAGGCUACACAAACCAGAGUUGAAUGAAGUAAUAUAUAUGUAUACUGUAAAUAUAUAUAUAGAUUGAAUAUUGUCAAAGAUUCAGCUUGAUCUAAUUACCGGUAGCCUUCUCAGAAUGUCUCUGUAUUGUGUUUUAUAAGAAGGGAAAUGACAUAAUCAUGUGUUUCUCCCAACACACUUAAGGUUAUGACAGCAGAUCCAUGAUAAUCAUGUUGGAACUGGAAGCAAAUAGACUGAUUAAGGAAAUGUCUAACUAUGAAUCACCUGAUGAAAUGAUUAAAUACAUAAAAAAAUGUGUGUGUUUGAUAUCAGAAUUACUGUUCUAGCUUCUUUCUCUAUUUCAUGAAGACUAAAACCCAGGUUGAGGUCUGCUUCUCACUGCUGAUACGCAGAAGGCCUUGGUUCCAAUCCCAGCUGGGUCCUUUCUGUCUAGAGUUUGCGUGUGGGUUUGCUUUCGGCCUACGGUCGCUGGGAUAGACCCUACGAUCCUGAAGAGGAUGACGCUGGAGGAUGGAUGGAUUAAAUAGUUCUCUUCACCAAACUUGGUUCCUGAGUUUUUGUGUGAAGGUCUUUUCAAACCUUUUUGCUGGCUGUGCAGUAUCAGUUUUGAGAACUGUUUAUUUCCAUUCUUCAAUCUUCAAAACAAGGAGAAAAAAAAGAACUGAAAGAUUCUUUUUCAUUUCAGAUACAAGUGACAAUUUUACAAUAGAUCGCUUGUCAAGCUUGUAAAAUGCAGCAAACUGACAGCUAAUCUAAAAUAAAAGAAUA